ACAUUCACCACAAUGACGGGAGUCAAUCGAUCUAUGAGCAGCUACGAAGCACGUCGUGCAACAUUCUUUGUGGGAACGGAAGAAUCAAGCAAAUCCCGUAAGAAGACCGUUCCAGUUUGGCCUCAUCCAAUCAAUUUGACAGAAGAUGCAUUGGAAGAUGAUAACAACGGUUCAGGCUCAUCAUCAACAUCGUCAAUCUUGAAGGAAAAGCGUACGAAGAGAUAUCCAACACCGAGUGAACUUGCAAACUUGGGAUUGUACUUUGAUCCAAGUGCUUCGGAUGAACAAGAUGCAUGCGUGUUGUUCCCGGAGAAUGUUGUCUUAUCCGGAUGGAAAUUAGGAGAUGAUGUAGCGCAAAAGAUUCGAGAAGCGGUUCCCAAAGCAACUAUACUCACUAUUCAUGAAAGCAAAGAUGCAGCUCAUCAAGACAAUCCCAAAAAAGAUGCUUGGACAUGGAAAGAUGAAGAUCUUUUACCCACCAGCAAAUCAAUGAUUGCAACGCGUUUAAAGACGUUCACACCCACUUGGCCAUACGAUAGCAAGAAAGGAUGGAAGCCAACAAGCAAAAAGCUAGCAUCUGCUGGGUUUCACUAUUUCCCAAAUGAGGAAGAAGACGAUUGUGCAAGGUGUCAAUAUUGUGAACUGGUUUUGGGAGGUUGGGAAAAGACGGACGAUCCGAUGCACGAACAUGAAAGGAGAAGACCAACUUGUCCUUUCUUUAAUUGCGCUUUGGCAGAAGUUCCUUCUGUGGAAAUCGUGUCGAGUCCGGUGGUUGAAGUCACCAAAAAGACAAGGAGCGCAUCUACAGCCACCAAGCGAGCCCGUGCUGUGUCUAAACGGAAAGCCAAAGAUGAGGAUGAAGUAGAAGUACAAGAAGAUGAUCCUGAACAGAAAGCACAGGAACAGGAAGAGGAGCAGCCAGCUACGUCUAAAGCAUCUUGCGCUCAAAAAGAGCCAACAGUAGAAUCACAACAGAAGCAAGAGGAAGUCGAAGCUCCGAGAAAGAUUGCACCUUCUCGAAAAGUUUCUCGCAAGGUACAAAAGGUGGAAGAAACAGAGCCAAGUCCUGAGCGAGCGCCCGUGCAAGUUGCGCCAGAACCUCAAGCGAGAGUUGAAACAGAUGCGGAAAUGGAACAUGAUGCUCCAGAAGAAGUUGCGGCAGAAUCUACACCAGCAGCAGCACCCGCCGCUUCGUCAUCUCAGAAUGAGAGGAAAUCAUCUGACCUCGACGAACCAUCCAGUCAAAAGGACCUAGAGUCAGACCAACCUGCUUCAAGUUCCAGUCCCAAACGAUUCAGCGAACCGGAUCCAUUCAUGAUCGAACCUUUAAAAAAGAUUCCUAAACUUACACCGGCAGAAGAAGAUAUGACGGUAGAAGCAUGGUUAAAGACACAAGUCUUGAGCGCAUGCCAAGAGAUGGAAAACGAAGGCAUAGAACGAAUCGAGAAAUUACGUCAACAGAUCGGCAAGGGACGAGCGGAGAUUGAAGCAGUCUUGCGGGGAAGAUCUCUCAAUCCAACGGUUUCGUGAUCAUAUCUUAUCAUUUUGGUGAUACUUUGUAUAUUAAC